AUGCAAUUGGCACUUACUGCGAAUAUGAAGAUGUGUUACAUUGAUGGAUCAUUCAAAGCUCCGAUUGCACCUCAAGAUGCUAUUCCCUGGAAAAUGAUUGAUGCAAUGAAUGAAGUGAAAGCAAGGUAUGAAGGUAACAAUGGUCCAACCUUGUAUCGAGUCAAAAAGGAUAUAUGUACAACAAAACAAGAUAAUCUUGAUUUAGAAGAAUAUUAUUCUAAGGUAUGCUCUUGUGAUAAAUCCCAAAAUGAAAAUUGUGUGGGAUGCAAACUGGAAAAACAAGUUUUGACUAGGUAUGAAAAACAUAAUUUGCUACUGUUCUUGAUGGGUCUGGAUGAUUCCUAUGAGAAUCUAAAGGAUAACAUUCUAGUUAUGGAUCCUUUACCGAGUGAAUAUAAGGCUUUCACGAUGUUCUUGAAUGUUGAAUCAAAGAAUCAGAUCAAUCGACAAAAUCAACAAUCCAACUUACAAUCUGCAAUGACAGUAAGAGAUUUCAAAGAAGGUAGUUCAAAAAGAUUCAAAGGAAAUGAUGGUAGGGCUUACAACAAUGACAAAAGAAGAAAUUUCUCAUGUACUCACUACAAUAUGAAGGGUCAUUCUACAGAGGGUUGCUAUAGACUAAUUGGUUUUCCAGAUUGGUGGGAUAACAACAAAAGGAAGAAUGCUGUGAAUUCAGUAUCAUUUGACAACAAUGACAAAACAGUCUCUUUACAAGAUCAAAUGAAGAUGAUGCAGGACAUGAUGAAAAGCUUAAUUGAAGAAAAUACUAGAUCUGAAGCUAACAUGUAUGCUAAAAACAAAGAAAUCAACUUCGAAGCAGAUUUCAAGUAUAAUUUAAUAUCAGUUACAAGAUUAAUUACAGAUGAAAAAGUUAAAUGCAUAUUUUCUGAAAAUGGAUGUUUGAUGCAGGGCCCUGAAAUAGAUGAUAUCCUUGAGCUUGGAAAACGUGUAGGAAACUUGUAUUUCUAUUCCAUAGUUACUGAUUUCCUUAAAGAUUCUAAUAGUGAUGCUGAAACUUCAUUUUCUACCUUAGAUUGUAAAAUUAGGCAUUAUAGAUGUGGACACCCUUCUAAUGAAGUUCUUAGAAUAUUGUUUCCUUCUCUUAUCAAUAAUAUGGAUCAUUGUAAAACUUGUCAGAUUUGUAAAUCACAUCGUUUACCUUUUCAUAAUAGCACUUCAUCUUCUAAAGAUAAAUUUGAUCUUGUUCAAUUUGAUAUUUGA